CAAGCAAAAACAAGUCGCACCUUAGCGUAGUCUGUAGCGUAGUCUGUAGCGUACCGUCUCUCGCCGCAGUGCCGCACGCCGCACGCCAAGAAAUAUAUGGUCUGACCUCACGCACCCUGCCACUGGCACCCCACCGAGCCCGAGUUUCCGACAUCCACCGGCGCCGCACAAAACCGCCGAACCCGACCGCGAACGAGAUAAAAACCGCACAUACAUACAUUCAAUUCCACCUCCCACGUUCCGUCCUCGAGCAGCAUCAAUCAACCAAUCAACCAGCAUGAACACCGUGAAAUCUUUCUGGCAGGGCAUGGCGGCGCUCACGCUCGCCGGCGGUGGAGCAUACUACUUCGCCAAGCGAGAAAUCGACGCCGAUCGGCGAGAGAAGCAUUUGCGGCGGCAGGCCAAGCAGCGUGAGGAGGCGGUGCUCUACGGCAGCCACUACGGGCAUACGCAAGAGCCUGGCGGCGAUCCGGCGGCCACUCGGCAUGAGCCAACGAACGAUGAGCAGCGCGUGCGCGAGAAGAGCAAAUACGAGGCGUCGGAGGUGUAUAGGAGCCCGAAGGGGGACCGGUUCAGUUGAGCGAGCGUUGGGUUGAGGGCGUAAGCACGGGGGCUCCCUCUUUGCCUCUCUCGCUCUACUUGUACUUUACAUACUCUAUCCACAUACAUGUACCAUAGCAUUCGCAACUUCUACUUCAUUCAUUCAUUUACGGUUUACCCACCCCACCCCACCCCUUGGCACAAAGAACGAAGUAUUGUGCACUUGAGACACAGGAGGAACAGAAGACAAUCGAGGUUGCCAC